AUGGAUCUCGAGACUGAAAACAGAUUAGCUGCUAUGCUUAUGCGAGAAGCAGCCGAGUUGCGGCGGCAGUCUGAGAAAGAUGGUGUUCUGGCUUAUCUUCAAAAGCCUAACGUAAGGAGUCGGCCGAAUUCGCGUUUCCUCACUGCUACGGUACGUGGGGUGCAACAAGCAAAUCGAGCUGUGGAAGUGAAUGAAAUGUGGCGAGCGCGAGAGAAAGAACUGGAGCUAGAUAAACGGGCUUCAGGCACAUCAUCAAGAGAUAAAAAUAGUUAUGACAAAGGAUAUAGGAAUUAUAACUCAUCAAGAAGUGCAGAAAGACAUGAUGGGGCCGAUAAAAGCACUAGUGCCUCAGCUUCAUGCUCAUCUAAAAAAGAAUGCGAGCAUACUCCUGAAGGUUUAAAGGAUGAAGAGCUCGAAGAGUUUCUACAUUCAAGGAAGAAGCGAGGCAGAGGCGCUAUUGGUCCAAGGAUGGAUGAGACUGGGCCUUACCUUCCGGCUAAUCCUGAUGGAGAGCCUUCUACUAGUCCAGAUUUAAGGGAAUAUCGUGUUAUUUAUGGUCCGCAGAGGCCUACGUCACUGCGGUCAUAUGAAUCUUCGGAUGAUGAUGUUUCUGAAGAAAGGCGAAAAAAAAGUAAAAAGUCGCAUAAGAGUCACUCGGACAAAGGACAUUCUAAGAAACACAGGUCCAAAGAGAAAUCUAAGCAUAAGAAAAAGAAAACCGAGGAGAAAAGAAGUAAACAUCGCAGGUAA